UGCCCUUCCGAAGCGUCGAAGUAGUGGUGGAGAAUGAUAGUAGAAGCGCGGCUGUAUGUUGUUUUUUGGUUUAAAUAAAAGUAGCUGAAAUACACUUUAUUCUGAAUACAAUUUCAUGGAAAAUACUGAUUUGCACCUCUCUGACGAGCCCAUGACGGGAAUGCUGGACACGGACUCCCCUGAAAGUGGGGACUCCCCUGAGAGUGGGGACUCCCCUGCCAUGGAGGGAACUGGGGAUGGCUUCCUCCCAGACCUCCCUGUCCUCACCCACGCUGCCGAGUGGUCCAUGGACCAGGUGCCCCCGGACACCCUCACCACCGUCCUGCCUGAGGACUCGGACCAGUCCCAGGACGGCCUGGAGCAGCAUCAGACCCAUCAGCGUAGCGAGCCUUCUGACCUGGGGUCGGUGGAGAGGGCCGUGGAGCAAUUCCAGCUCUUCCAGGAGCAACAGCAGGAGCAAACAGAGCAGGUCCCAGACGCGGAGGAGUCGACAGACGCUCUGAAGCAAGGUCUGGAGCCGACCCCGGGGGAAGAGCAGGCUGCACCCGUAGCUGAGGAUGGAAGCCCUGCCAACAUGGAGCUGGAGGACGCGUCCAAGGAGACCGCAGAGCCGGAGGAACCUGCUGUCCCGGCUGAGCCCGAGCUGCCCUCUGAGUUUGAGAAGCUCUUAAAAGGCUGUGAAGACAGCCCAGAAGACUUCAAUGGAUGGGUCUAUCUUCUGCAAUAUGUUGAACAAGAGAAUAACCUGGUGGCUGUGAGGAAGUCUUUUGAUGAGUUUUUCCUGCGCUACCCGUACUGCUACGGCUACUGGAAGAAAUACGCAGACAUUGAGAAGAAGCAUGGCCAUACUCAAGUGGCUGAAGAGGUGUACAGGCGGGGCGUGCAGGCGAUUCCUCUCAGCGUGGACCUGUGGCUGCACUACCUGUCUUUCAUCAAAGAGAACGCAGACACCAGUGACCCAGAUCUGGAGGAACGCAUAAGAGCUGCCUAUGAGCAUUCCGUGCUUGCUGCAGGGACAGACUUCCGCUCCGACCGGCUGUGGGAGGCUUACGCCAACUGGGAAACGGAGCUGGAGAAACUGGCAAACGUCACCGCCAUCUACGACCGAGUCAUGAGCCUCCCCACCCAGCUCUACUCCCAGCACUUCCAGAGGUUCAAGGAGCAUGUGCAGAACAACAACCCUAAGCACUUCUUGUCGGAGGAGGAGUUUGUCCAGCUGAGAGUGGAGCUGUCUAAAGCCAGCGUGACGGGAGAGACCGGAGAGGACGGAGAGCCCAUCGAGCCACCGGCUGAGGAUCUUCCUCCAGGGAUCGAGGACCUCCCUGAUCCAGCCAAGAGGGUGACGGAGAUCGAGAACAUGCGCCACAAGGUGAUCGAAAGCCGCCAGGAAGUGUUCAACCACAACGAGCAUGAGGUCAGCAAGCGCUGGGCCUUCGAAGAAGGGAUCAAGCGGCCGUAUUUCCACGUCAAAGCCCUGGAGAAGACUCAGCUGAGCAACUGGAAAGAGUACCUGGACUUCGAGAUCGAGAACGGGACUCCUGAACGCGUGGUGGUGCUGUUCGAGCGAUGCCUCGUCGCCUGUGCCCUCUACGAGGAGUUCUGGACAAAGUACGCGAAAUACAUAGAGGGCUACAGCAUAGAAGGAGUGCGGCAUGUCUACAAGAAAGCGUGUACCAUCCACCUGCCCAAGAAGCCAGCCAUCCACCUGCUGUGGGCCGCCUUUGAAGAACAGCAGGGCAACGUCGACGAGGCGCGCCGCAUCCUGAAGGAUCUGGAGGAGGCGGUCCCGGCCCUCGCCAUGGUGCGUCUGCGGAGAGUCAGCCUGGAGCGUCGCCACGGCAACCUGGAGGAGGCGGAAGCCUUGCUGAGGGACGCCAUGGCGUCGGGGAAGAACGCCAGCGAGACGUCGUUCUACGCGGUGAAGCUGGCCCGGCAGCUGCUGAAGGUGCAGAGGAGCCUGGGCAAGGCCAGGAAGGUGCUGCUGGAGGCCAUCGAGAAAGACCAGACAAGCCCCAAGCUGUACCUGAACCUGUUGGAGCUGGAGUACAGUGGGGAUGUGCAGCAGAACCAGGCAGAGAUCCUGGCCUGCUUCGACCGGGCCCUGAGCAGCUCACUGCCCCUGGAGUCUCGCCUCACUUUCUCUCAGCGCAAGGUGGAGUUCCUGGAGGACUUUGGCAGCGAGAUCGAUUUGCUAGUGAUUGCGUAUGAAGAACACCAGAAACUUCAGAAAGAACAUGACUCAACUAAGAGGAAAGCAGAGAAUGGCUCCCAGGAGCCCGAGUCCAAAAGGCAACGUCUGGAUGAGAACUCAGGCUCAGGGGCCAUGAUGCAAGACAACUCUGCCUACAACUACAACUGGUACCAGCAACAGUACAACAACUGGGGUCAGAAUUCCUGGGGCCAGUACAACCAGUAUGCCCAGUAUAACCAGUACUACCCACCUCCCCCUACAUGAUGGACCCAGCCUUCAUGCUAAGAGAUUCACGGAGGAAGCAUCCUUUCUACCCCAGUGCAAACUACUUCAGACUCCCGUCUUCUUCUGAUCAAUGUCAUUUUAUUAUUUCAAUACCUUUCAUACCUUCAUAACCGCCACCAAUAGGCUGGCUAAUGUUUGUGUUGUUAAAGCAUGUGUUGUUGCAGACUUCAGAUAUUUUCUCAUUCUGUUGAAGUGAAAAAAAAUCGUUUAUAGAUUGGAUGAUUUAGUUUGAUCUCUCCUCUUUUUUUUGCGGAAGUUAGUUUUGUUUGGUGAAGAUGUAGAUUUGUAUGGAUGCAGCGGUACAUCUCUGAUCCACAGCCCCCUUCUCUGCUUUCCUAAGUGUUUUAAGAUUUCAAGGUUAUUUUGUUUUCUGCAACAAAAAAUGAAAUUCAGAUCCUUUUUUAAUUUUGACCCAGUUUCAUAAUAAAGAGAUUGAUAUCCUA